AUGGCCUGUUUUCUCUUUGUGGCCCUCCUGUGCUUUCUGACUCCUAUCCACCAAGCUGAACCUAACAGUGCCACCAUCUCAGAUCUCUCCUUCAAAAAUAUGGACUUUGCCAUGAACCUUUACAGAAAGAUAUCCAGUUACCAUGACAAGAACAUCUUUUUUUCCCCCCUGAGUAUCUCUACCAGUUUUGCAGCUCUUCUAAUGGCUUCUGACGGUGUCACACACAAGGAGAUCCUGAAGGUACUAAACCUGGAGGCGCUGGAGAGGGCUGACCAGCCGGAUCUUAUCCCUAAACUGUUUCAACUCCUUCACGAAAACGUCACGCAAAAUGGAUCGCUAAAAUUUGAUCAUAGCAUGGCCUUGUUUAUCCAACCCCAAUUUAUCAUAGAGAGGGAGUUUGAAACCAAAAUCAAUACGUUUUUUAAUGCGGAUAUCAAAACUGUUGAUUUUGCGGACACAACAGAGAGUAUCAGAGUAAUCAAUGAGUACAUUAGGGACAAGACUGGAGGCAAGAUUACAGAGAUGAUUUCAGCCUUGGACGAACAGACCAAACUCCUGUUAAUGAAUGCAAUUUUCUUUCAAGGAGCCUGGAAGAUGCCUUUCAACUCCAAUUUGACUCGAAAUGCACCCUUCUACAUCGAUAAUUAUAAUAUUGUGCAGGUGCCUAUGAUGUAUAAAGAAGACAAGUACUACACUGCAGAAGAUGUUUCUCUGAGAGCCAAAGUGCUGAAACUGCCAUACCAAGAGGGUGUUUCCAUGCUUAUCCUGCUCCCCAACCCAGACAUGGACUACACUAUGGUAGAUGAUGAGAUUACUGCAGAGAGGUUUCAGAGCUGGAUCGCAAAGCUGAGAAAAAUGAAACUAGAAGUCAAGAUGCCCAAAUUCAACAUGGAGCAGUCGUAUUCCCUGCAUAAUCUUCUACCGGAUAUGGGCAUGACGAGUGUCUUUAGUAAUUUGUCCAAUUUGACAAAGCUCAGUGAGGACAAAGGGCUCAAGCUGUCAGAGGUGCUUCACAAGGCCAUGAUUGAUGUGGAUGAGACAGGAACAACUGCAGCAGCUGCCACAACAAUCGGUAUCAUUCCAUACUCCCUGCCGAGGACCUUCACUAUAAACAGACCCUUCUUCUUCUUCAUAUACCAUGAAAACACAAACUGCCUGCUGUUCAUGGGGAGGGUGAUUGACCCCACCAAAAAAUAG